AGUAUUUUAAAAUCGCACCAGUCCUCAUUGUUUGUGGUAUCAGAAAUACUUACAGUAUGGCACCACGGUCUCAUGUGGUCUCAGCCCGGCCACGCUGGAGAUCAGAGUUGAAACGUUCGCUGUGCUAUCGACCGCUCGGGAUGCUGGGUAAUGCUGCGAUGUGUUAAACACUCACCCCCCCCCUGUUCCUCUGUGCUGGAUCACAGGCGCUUCUCUCCUCUGUGUGUGAGCUGUAACGAGCCCAUCAUUCCUGAUCCCGGGAGCGGAGAGACGGUCCGCGUCGUGGCUCUGGAGAAGAACUUUCAUCUGAAGUGCUACAGAUGUGAGGACUGCUCCCGCUCUCUUUCUAUAGAGGCCGACGCCGACGGAUGUUACCCGCUGGACGGCAGGAUCCUGUGCAUGAAGUGCCACACGAGCCGCGCCAAGGGGGCCACGAAGUGACUGACGCGGUGCGAGUCUCCCCCCCUCUCGUACCCCGAAACCCAACCCCAGAUCAAGGAUCCGUUUCGUCACCUUCUGCUUUGCGACCCUCACAGACUAGCCACGCCCUCAUGCCACGCCCUGUCAGACCGUGUAACCUACGCUGUACGGACAAAAGUAUCGGGACGUCCGGUCUGAGUUUCGGACAUGUGUGUUUUAGCCUGCGUACAGGUAUGCGUAUAUCAUAAACCUAGCAGCAACAGUUUAGGGAAGGCCCUUUCCUUUCCUGUGCACAGAGCGAGCUCUAUGAAGACGUAAAGAAGAGCUUUAUUUAGGCACAAAUUCCCACACACACUCUCCAAAGUCUUGUGAGAAGCUUCUCGUAAUAGAAGAUCACACAGUUCAGUUCAGGCGUCCCGAUACUUUUGGCCGUCUAGAAUAAUUGAACCUGUCCGCGGUAGCUGUACGACUUGCUUAUCUGUAUUAACUAGCCGGAAAAGCUUUAAACAUAUCCGUCUCCCCCCAAAAUAAGCCUCACAGAAGCCGUACGGGGUCGGAUCAUACCUGCGUGUAGCGUCCUCGCGUCACCAUUUAAAACCUAAUAGCCAGUAGUGGACAUGAUGCUACACCGCAGCGCACCGCCGAGGUCCUGUCACCCCCCCCCCCCCCCCCCCCCCUUCCCUUUCCAUCAGUGUUUAUUUUUAUACUCCAUGUCAGUGUUGCUUCUGUGUUCACGCUGUUCCGUUUGUAUCGACGUCUCGGCAUACGCCGGCUUUCUCAAGCCGUCUGAGCCAUCAGACUCGAGUCUGGAUUAAAUGUGACCCGGUCACGAUCACGCUCACGUAUUCCACCUAACUGCUGACCGAGAAGAGCCGUGACUAGCACACGUGUCCAGUGAGUCACGCACCGAUCUGGUUCUAUGGUUCUAUCACGUGGCUCUCUGAGGAGGACGCGUGUCCAGGUACAGGACUAGCUGUUAAAUAAAACAAUAAGCCAGUGUUUCUAGAGUACGGAGAACAAAUAAGGCAGUAUCGGCGCAUUAGGAAUCCAGUACUGAUCCCUCACUGGUCUGUAAACCCUCCGAUGCUCGGCGUGUACAGAUUUACGAUUGUCCGCGUGCUGCAUCCUGGAAACAAACAUCAGUCGGUUGUGACGUGUAAAAUUUAGUUCCCCAUUUUACACCAGUGUUAGGAUCUCGAAACUCAAGUUUCAGGUUUGGAGGCACCCACUGUGGGUCAGAGAUGAUCCACGUCCACAUCCACGUCACGCUUCCUCUCUACUGGUGCUGACCCCCGACCCGAUUGAGGAGAGCGAGACCGUCGCACGCCCCCUCCGACACGUGUGCAGUACAGUUUUCAUUUUUUCCCACCUGCACGAGGCCAGUUCAUGUGCACGGAGAGCCACACCCUGAUCAGCGUCAUUCCUCGACCAUCAAUCAGCCAGCAGAGGUCGUGGUCGCAUCGGUUAUGAGGAGCCCGGUCCGACCUAUCCCAGCCUGUGAACAGCAGCCGAUCGUCCAUGCGGCCGCCCGACCCAGCCGCAUGGCAGAGCUGAGAUUCGAUACGAUGUAUUCGAGAUCCCAGCUCUGGUGUGCUAGCGCGUUUUACCGCUGCGUUGCCCGAGCGCCCUCGUCAGAUCUUAAAGCUUUAUUCUACGUCGGUAAAUGUCACAAUUUAAAUCUGUAUAAUCAGAGAAGACAUCAGUGGUGGACGUUCUGCGUUCAGAACGUCCGGAUGGUUUACGUUCCUUCCUUUGAAAAUAUAUUUUGGUGUUCGGGUGGCGCAGCGAUAAAACAAGCCAACCAAUCGGGACCGACAUCUCGUCAUCGAUCGUGUGGGUGCGCCGGAGUGGAUUCAUCAUAAGUGCUGCAGUUACGACCUCUGCUGGCUGAUCGUGGUGCUGCAGUGUGUGACUCUCAGUGCGCGAUACGGAUCUCCAUAAGAAAUAAAACAAGAAGUCGCUACUUGCACGUGUGUGUUAGUCACGGCCUCCUCGGUCAGAAGCACUAAUGGAAAAUAAUUGGAUAUGUCUAAAUUGGAUCUGCUUGAGCUUUCUGUACAUCAUUGCACUUGUUUUACAUUUACUCUCUAUUACUGUACAAUCAUGUGACCUUGUUCUUCACACGUCCCCUGGUCGCAGUAUUCGAUCCUGUAUAAAUCUGGGACGUCCUCCUCCUCGUUUCCAUUCCUGAUGCGGUUUAUUACGCCCCCUGUCUGUCAUUAAUGACGUAGUCUUUUCUGUUUUGUAUCCACGCUGUCAUCAUCAGCUUUAUUUCCACUUUAUUUCUUUAUAUUGUACCGCAUGUAUACGAGUUGCUUUGCCGUCUUGCUUCCCGAGCGUUUACGUUCCUGUCGAAUAUGUGAACGUGUGUAUGUUUACCGUCCUGAGAUACGCCCACGUGUUUUUGCAAUCCAGCUCUUCAUUUGUACUGUUAUAAAACCAUAAUAAAAUACGUUUCGAUCUUCUU